UUCGUAACCUUUUGGAGGGUCAUAGGGGGGGGAUUAGAGAAAUGGAAGAAGAUUGGAAGGAAGGUGUGAGAAAAGGAGGAUGUGAGAGACUACAAAACGCUCUUUUCGACUGCCAUCGCCGUAUUCCGGCGGGUCCGGCGAGAAAAUCAGCUUGCCGCCACCUUAACCGCGCUUUUUCCGACUGUCUUGUCGCCGUUAUUUGCCCAUCUCAAUUGGAAGCCGUUAAAUCGCUCUGUUCUAGCGGUGGCACCGCCUUGAAACGCUCGCAAUGUCAAGAAGCUCGUCUUAAUCUCUCUGUUUGCCUAUCUCUACACCAAGAUCAAGAUUAAGAUUACCCUUAAUCUUUUUUAGCAUAAUCUCGAAGAAAGUUAUGAUAUUUUUCAUGCCAUGGAAAAUUGGAAGUAGAAAAACAUCCCAAAUUCCCAAGGGUAUAUAAUGUCAAAUGUUCAGCUAACAAGAUUUGGUGCCUCUGCAAGCAAUUAGGCUAAGCUGGACUGCGAAAGAAAUGGCUUACAUCAACUUGGGUGUAGGAUAAGAAUUAGGCAUAAAUGAUACGGAGUAUAUCAGAAGCGGUUGGUGAAGAGCACAAUCAAGUCCCCCAUGUUCAAGUCUUCCCUGUUUUUCCAUGCUAGUGAUUGAAAUGAAGAAACUGUAAGAAAUACAAGGUCAAAAAUUGAGCAUGCUAGUUUUCGAAUUUGAUUACCCGUUGUAUGCUUUUACCCUUGCUUAAGGGAAGUUAAAUUUCGUAAAUAAGUGGAUACCAAUUCUCAGUACAUGGUGUUUGAGAAGCUUGUUUUAAA